AUGAACGAUGAAUAUCAAUUAUUAGCUCGCCUCAACUACUUGGACUUGGAGCUAGUUGCUGUCGAUAUUCCAAGUUGCAACCUCAACCCUACUGUGGUCCCAGAUAUCUCGAGGCACCAAGCCUUGGCAAAUAUGUCGACUCUCCGAAAGCUGGAUGACGCUCGCACUGCAGUCUCUGCCAUGAACAUCCGAGCAGGACCCCGCAAACGAUACGCCAUGCUCGGCCUCGUAUUUGCGACGUUCGUGGGCCAUGCUCGUGCAUCUCCAUCACAUUACCGCCUUUCCUGGCCUGCCGCUGUCCAGGACCAAUGGGCGAUGCUACGGGUCGAGCGCUUGUCGUCCAACGACUCGAUAUGUCCCGUUGAAAAGCGCGGUGGCAAGGAUGCCAUCGAUUGCGGAGUAGAGGACAAGGACCAGCGAAUGUGGUUCACUCAGGCCGGUUGCAGCAUCGCGAGUCAGGACAUGACGUACGCCGACACGAGCGGCACUGUCCCUGUGGUCCGCACGGCGGCCAAGGGAGACCUUGUCAAGUUGACGUGCGAGGAUGUGUUUUGUCCGAUCCCACCUCGACUUGACUGCUACGAACAGCCCGGGAUCUGCUCGGCGGAUGAGUGGUGCAUGAUCGACAUACACGAGAAAUGGGGUCAGUGGGCGAUGAAUCGUGAUGGAACCACUCCCCAGUGGGAGUACUGCUACAACGCCGCCGAUUUCGUCGCAAACUCGACCGACGAAGCGUUGAUCUCGAGCUACAAUGCGGAUUGCGUCGCGAGCACCGUCGGUGACUACGGCAUCAAGCUCGGGCCCAAGAUUGAGGCAUGGAAACCGGCCCGGGGACGGUGUGUCAAGUUCCGAAAGGAGGAUCAGAGCUGCAUCGGCAACCCGCUCGAGUUUGGCCCCUUUGAGCCCGAAUUCGGCUUGAAUUACUUCCGGGAGGAGAACGGCUGGCCGUUCCCUCGGCCGCUCGUCUGCGGUCCCGGGCUCACAUGCACCGGCGCCGACUUUGACGUCCGCCCGUCGACCUGCGUCAUCCAACGACCCGUCAACAAAUGCUUCUACGGUCCGUGGUGGGACUCUACCCAGUGCCCGAGGACACAACCCGGCACGCCCAAGGGUGGUCUGAACAAGAACCAGACGGUGGAAGCGCUGAGGCGCGUCGUCCUCCUGUAUCCGGGCGAGGUUGCGAGCCCUGGAGCGUGCCCCUAUUGGGAUCGCGCGAGCAAGAUCGGCGUGAGCGUGCUCGCGACUCAGCACAGGUUCUACAACAUCAUCGCCGCUCUGUGGCCGACAGAACUCUUCGGCGCCAUACCGAGUUUCGACGAAGUCAUGAAGCUGAUCCCGGAUCCCAACCUUUUCGGGAGUCCCGCCGACUGUGUCGCCCAAGCGGACGUCGCCGGCUCGCCCAUCAACAAGGCCCUGGCUGAAGCCGGCACGCUCUCCAACCAGCCGAAUCAAGUGUGGUCACUUGUUCACUUUGCGAUGCACAAUCAACCGUCCCCCCUGAGUGCCAAGGGUGUCGCGGCCUCACGAGCCCUCGCCGCUCACCUUUCGGAAAGCUUCUGGUGUGACGACUGCCGCGGCUUCUUCACCGUCGGCGUCAUUGAGAGAUACGGCCUUCCUCCAACAAGCUCGAAUCCCGAAGACCAUGCGCGAUGGUGGUGGUGGGGUCACAAUGUCGCCUCUGAACACGUCGCUACGACCCGUGCCGGCCAUCCUUGGAUCCACGAGCUGGGAGAGGAACCCGCUGCUGCGUUUCAGAACCCUUACUUUAUGACAUGGAAGGACGCCGUGGAUAUGUGGACAUACCGCACUUGA